UGCAUUUUCUUGUUCCUUAAAAAUAUACACUGAAAAUUCUACUAAGGAACAUUUUGUGUUUUCCAAAUUUAUUGCCGUCCAAAUUGUUUGAAUUUUACUAUAUAACAUCCUUUUUUCUUUCUAGUUUUCCAUCAAUCUUAUCAUCAUUAAAGAUAUUAAAUUAAUUAAACACAAUGAAGUUUGAUUUGAUUAUUACUGCUCUUCUUGGAAUUUUCCUCUUUCAUGGAUUUUGUUCUUCUGAAAAAGCUCCAAAUUACUCAUUUAUGCGCCAAGCUACUACAGCACCGGAGAUAUCACAUUACGACUACAUAAUCAUCGGCGGCGGCACCGCCGGCUGCCCAUUAGCCGCCACGCUCUCUCAGAAGUACCACGUACUUCUACUAGAGCGCGGCGGUUCGCCUUACGGAAAUCCUAAUAUCACAUAUUUAUCGACAUUCGGAUCUGCACUUUCCGAUCUCUCACCGAAAUCGCCAUCUCAGCGAUUCAUUUCCGAGGACGGUGUAAUCAACGCGCGUGCACGCGUUUUGGGCGGCGGAAGUUGUUUAAACGCCGGAUUUUACUCACGUGCCGGCCCGAAGUAUGUGAGCAGUGUUGGAUGGGACGGAAAGCUGGUGAACGAAUCGUAUGUUUGGGUGGAAAAUAAAGUGGCGUUUCAGCCGCCGGUGAGACAGUGGCAAUCCGCCGUGCGCGACGGUCUUGUGGAGUCAGGGGUGGUGCCGUACAAUGGAUUUACGUAUGAUCAUAUUAAUGGAACUAAAAUUGGGGGCACGAUUUUCGAUGCCGCCGGACGUCGGCACACGGCUGCCGAUCUACUUGAGUAUGCUAACCCUAGUGGAAUCACUCUACUUUUGCAUGCUACCGUUCACAAAAUCAUGUUCAAAACUAGAGGAUUAUCAAGACCAAAAGCUCAUGGUGUAAUAUUUAGAGAUGCAUUAGGAAAAAAACACAAAGCAUAUUUAAGAAGAGGAGAAAUGAAUGAAGUAAUAGUUUCAUCUGGGGCACUUGGAAGCCCACAAAUGUUAAUGUUAAGUGGUGUAGGCCCAUCAGAACAUUUAAAGGCCCAUAACAUUACAGUUGUAUUGGACCAGCCCAAUGUUGGACAAAGGAUGAUGGAUAACCCAAUGAAUGCAAUAUUUGUGCCAUCACCUGUACCUGUUGAAGUUUCUCUUAUACAAGUUGUGGGUAUUACAAGAUUUGGAAGUUAUAUUGAAGCUGCCUCCGGCGAGAAUUUCUCCGGUUAUCGUAGUAGUCGGAGUGAUUAUGGAAUGUUCUCCCCGAAGAUUGGACAGCUAUCAACAGUGCCACCAAAGCAAAGAACACCAGAAGCCUUAGAAAAGGCUAUAAAUUCAAUGAAUGCACUAGAUGCAGCAGCAUUUAGAGGAGGAUUCAUAUUAGAAAAAAUAAUGGGCCCAAUAUCCACUGGACAUUUGGAGCUCCGAACCCGGAACCCGAAUGACAACCCAUCAAUAACAUUUAAUUACUUCAAAGAGCCAGAAGAUUUACAAAGAUGUGUAAAUGGACUCAAAGUUAUAGAAAAUAUAAUUGAGUCCAAAUCUUUUUCACAAUUCAGAUAUGACUCAAUUUCAUUGCCAGCAUUACUUAAUUUGACUGCAAGUGCCCCUGUCAAUUUAUUGCCUAAACAUGACAAUAUUUCAGUCUCAUUGGAACAAUUUUGUAAAGAUACUGUUAUGACAAUUUGGCAUUAUCAUGGAGGCUGUCAAGUUGGUAAUGUUGUUGAUCAAGAUUAUAAGGUUAUUGGUGUUGAUAAUUUGAGGGUUAUUGAUGGUUCAACUUUUAAUUAUUCUCCUGGUACUAAUCCUCAAGCCACUGUCAUGAUGCUUGGAAGGUAUAUGGGAGUAAGGAUAGUGAAUGAGAGACUUGCUAAAGAGGAGUCAAAUCAUUAAUUAAUUGAUCAUAAAUUCGUUUCUUCUUCUUUUGUUACCUUUUGUUUAUGAAUGAGAGUGGAUUAAUUAAAAAUAUAUAAUACCACUAUAUAUGAUGUAAAUUGACUUCAUUCUCUGUAAUAAUAAUCCCAAUAAUUUCAGUAAUAA